AUGGCCGCCCUUCAGGAAGGGCACCACCCUCAACUCCACCCUAUGUGGGUGGUAUCCAUGCAAGAUCUCUUGCAGAUGCGCGGCGUCCCUCCCAGCCACCAGGAGCUCAGGGAUGCAGGCUUGCUUGUCCAGUGCGAGCCUUCUUUCCACUCGGUUUUCGUCUCCCACCAAUGGCUGGGCAAGAACCAUCCCGAUGAGAAGGGAAGCCAGUUCCGUAUCCUCCAGGAGGCGUUUCGGAACAUCAUCGAUGGUCGCAUAGACGUCGAGCUGGACGUCCCCUUGCAGUGGACUGGCUACAACCGGUCUCUGUCGCUUGAGGACCGCGAGGAGCUCAAAGGCGCCUACGUUUGGCUCGAUUGGUUCUCGAUACCGCAGAUCGAACUCAAGGAGCAGGGCCUCGAAGAGCGAAUGAGGAGCGACGUGUUCAUGGCCGUCCAGUCCAUCCCCUUCUACGUCGAGACCUGCAAUCUCUUUGUUGCCUUGGUCCCUCCGCUUCAGCAUAAUGACCUCCACACCGAGUGCAACUAUUGCACCUGGCUGAGCAGGGGCUGGUGCCGCCUCGAGAUUUGGUGCAACCUCCUUUCUCAUCGCAAGGAGGCCCCCUUUGUGGUGAUCCAGGACUCCGACCACGCUGAGUUCGCCAUGCCCGUCCAUUGGGUUCGGGAGAGCGCGCAUGACGGCCACUUCACCGUGGAGUCCGACCGAGCCAGGGUGGCCGAGGUCCUGCACAUUGCCUUUGAGUCCAAGCUCGCCAGCCUCAGCAAAGAGUCGCACCUUUUUCGGUACCUUCUCGCAGGAAAGAGCCGCCUUCUGGGGCUCAGGAGGAGCCCAGCAGUCAGCCUAGAGUCCUUCGUGGAGCACUUCGGCUUCGAGUCGAUGGAGGAAGCGAUUGCCCAGAAGACCGGGAUGGUGGCCACGGCCUGCGCCGUGUUGACCGAAGACCUUGUGAGUCUUGAGAGAUUGGCAGAAGCAAAGGCCGAGCUAAACCCUCAGUUGCCUGGGAUCAUGGAGGUGGGCCUCACCCGGGGAUGGACGCCACUGCACUUGGCUCUCAGCCACUGCAGCCAUGGCAGGGGCACACGUGCAGCAGAGAGGCUCCUGAGCCUCAGGGCCGAUCCCAACUCCUGCAACCGGGGAGGAAUGCCAGCCCUCGGCUUCUGCACGAGUGUGGAAGCCGUGAACUUGAUGCUGGAGAGCCGGGCCGAAGUGAAUUUUUCAAGGGGCCCCGGAGGCCUCACGGCCCUUGCACUGUCCACGCUCUUAUGUGCCCCAGCUGAGGUGGUUCAGCGCCUCCUGCAGGCAAGGGCCGACCCAAACGGCCGUGGCUGCGGCAUCGGCCAUGCAGCCCUCUCCACAUUGGCCAUCUCCGCAGAUGGGAACCCGCACCUCCUUGAGCACGUCAAGGUGCUCCUCCAAGCCCGAGCGGACGUGAACCAAGGUGGACAAACCGGCGGGAUCGUCUGGAUAUACGAGAUCCUCUGCCGCCUCAAGGACACCUUGGGGUGCACCUUGGAGAGUUUGGGCAUCAGCUUGGGCAUCAACGGUGCACCCAGUUCACUCAGCGGUGCACUCACAGAUCGACCUUUGGUGGAGCGGUUCACAGCAGAGGCGAGCUCCACGGCUCUGGGAGUUGCCUCGCUUCUGAGUCGUGAGAAGUUGGUGUGCCUAUUGUUGAAAGCAAAUGCCGACCCCAGCCUACCCAACAAUCGUGGACAUACACCACGAGACCUGACAAAGCGAGAGAGCAUUCUUCAUCUGAUGCAAAAAUCCCAGGCGCUGCGGACUACCUAG